CUGCUCGAGACAACAUCAAACUUUGAGAACAAGUAAACAAAAGACCCCAUGAUGAGCAAAAAUAGUUCUGGCUGAGCUCCCAGUACGAAGUCUGGUCAACACGUAUGGAUACCAUCCAUCCACUCACGGGCGCUCUAGCAACAGCUCCAACAUCGCCAACAGCACGUCUGCUCACGUCAACGUCAGCGACACCCUAUCAAAUACCAACAGAUGGCACACAAAUCUCGCAAGGUUUCAUGGAAACGGCAGAGAGAUGAUGACAGACAAGACGACUCGGAAGGUAGUGGUGCAAGUGACCAACGCAGCCUGCAGCAACCUAAAAGAUCACGCCUCUUCCAUGGACAAGACCCAACUUCUGUUGACCAGAUACCAGCCAUGAGCAACAAAAUCAGGACCUGGGACGAAUCAGAGAUUCGGCGUCUUGUCUUACGCGCUGUAGAGCCCCCUUUUCUAUGCGCCUCCGCUAUUCAUCCCACUGCCUCGAUCUUGGCGGACUGUAUAUCUGUUCCCAGAGUUCCUUUAUCCAUCUUCAAAAUCACUUGUCCUUUGCUUCGCUCGGAUCCUCGGACUUCUGCUUGGAAGUGUGAAUUCUUCCGUCGUCAAACAUCUGCACAUGCCACUGCCUCACGUAGCAAGCGAGGCCGCCUGGUUAUCACCAUGCCUUCACGCAUACAUGAAGCCUUCGUCACCUUCGGCACAAAUAUCUGCGAUCAAUUGUACAACUCAGGAUUUUUGCCAACUCGUUAUAAGCGAAACGAAAUUUUGCAGACUGGUAGUGUCGAAUUCGACUACGGGUCUGUGAUCAUGGCACCAGAUGCAAGUGUUUCUUUCUUCGGCUCGCGCGAUCCAUUCCUGGUGCUCGAAAUCGCGUAUUCGGAGAAAGAAGAACACGCGCAACGCAAGGCUCAAGACUACAUCCUGCUCUCCAAGGGUAAAGUUAUCUUCGUGGUGCUUGUCAUAGUCAAGAAGAGGCCUAGAAAGAAGCCGAAUAAGGCUGACCCACCCACGACACGCCCGUCUGAGAAUGGCGAUGAGAAUCUAUCUGCGGACCACGACACUGUACAUGUACAUGUGUACAAAUCUGUCAUACAGCCGGCGUCUGAAUCUCGGCCACAUCGCACUCUGACCGGCAAACAAGUCAUAGACAGGCUGCCAGUCUUUCCUAGUCCCUUGUCUGUCCCAAAUCAGACCUUCGAUAUCGGAUGGGCAGACAUUAAAUGUGGCACCUGGUCAGACUUCUGUAAGAAUGCCCAUCUACCUGACAACACGCCGUCCCCUGUCUGCGUAAUAAAUUUUGCCAGUCUUUUUUCGAUCGCUCGAAGGCUUGCAGGUCAAAUAAACGACUCACGAGAGAACACACCGCUAUACCGCCCUGUAAACGAGAAUGACACCCCAGUUUCCCAGACCACGAAGUUCCUAGCUAGUUCGAGCCCUGCACCAUAUCUUUCUGAUGAAGGGUCAGAUUCAAGUGGACGACGGUCGGAUCCGGAUUAUCGGCCAUCUGAAGGAUCGUCGGGCUCCUCCAGCUCAUGCUAAAUGGAAGACAUGUACAACAGUAUUAAGAACGACGGGUGUCCACCAUAUGUCCGAACUUUGCUCUCUCAUUACUCACUGGACCUUCAUCGAUUCUGGAAAGCUUCGUGCGUUUGAAAAUCCAGCCUUUGGGAAAGACUAGCUACUCAAUCGAGUAUACAUCACCUUUAGAAAUUGAUAGAUUAUCAUAGCAAAGUAUCAAAGAAGGAUUCUGAGCGAACUUGUGAAGGUCACUCGAACCGGAUUGCCGAUCACCGAGCGGGCUUGGCGGUAGCUUGUGCAGCUCAUGACGUCCGCGCUUGACAUGAAUGUUUGCGCGGCGACAAUCAAAGCUUGAGCAGUCAACAUCAACUACUUGAACCAGCAAACAUG